AGCCACGGUCGAAAUACAUGUCAAAAUAUUGGCGGUUAAUCUUGUCGCUGUCUAUACACAAGAUUUGUUCUAAUUUUAUUUAUUUAAUUUAAAAUAACUUGAAAAUAACAAAGUUGUUAUUAAUCUUAUUGUUAUUUUAUUAAAGUGAUUUAAAAGUAGUUAAAAACAUUUUUAGUCUAUGUUUGUGGUUAUGUUUGUAGCUGUUACUAUUAUAUUGCUAUAUAUACUACUAUAUAUUUCUUUUAAUUAAUAAAAUAAAACCAGCCGCUAUAUAAAACUAUUGAACAGAUGCUACAAAAUGGUUAAAAGGAAAUCUGCUCCUCAAAGGAAGUCAAUAACGAAUUCGCAACGUUCUGAUAAUGAAGUUUCCCAAAAGACCCCGAAAAAGCGAAAAUACGGCUCCGGCAAAGUGUGUAUGAAUAUCGGAAAUAAAGAAUUCAAAAUUUUUAGGACAACAUUAAAACAAAUCAAAAGAUUACAAGCAUCAGUUCAAAACUGCAUCCCUCGUCUCCCAUUUUCUCGUCUUAUUAGAGAAAUAUUGAUGGAACAAGGGUUGGGAUCGCACAAAAUUCAAAUUGAAGCUCUCAAAGCUAUACAAGAAGCUGCAGAGAUAUAUUUGACAUAUCUAUUCGAAGAUGCCAAUAAAUGUGCCAUGCACUGCCAUAGGGUAACUCUUAUGCCCAAAGACAUACAUCUAGUUCUCGAUAUAAGGGGUUGUAACGAUCCAGGAUAUUCAUAAAUUUUAACAGAAUAUGAAGAAUUUUUAUAAGAUUUACGUAAAGAAUUUACUGCUGACAACAAAGGAGUGCAAAUAGUGCCUUAUGUAUAUGUGAAUAAGUUUUAUAAACAAUUCAUGUAAAUAUUUGGUCGUAAUUGGGUAAUUUUAUUUUAUUUUCAAAAUUACAUAAAUCUAUAUUAGAAGCGUAGUUAGGGGGCAAAAUCAUAUCAACAAGUUCGUUUUUUCUUUAAUUAUCCUUAUAGUAACAGUCAUAGUAGCAUUACAAUGAUUCAAUUUUUAAUCAAUUAAGUUGUAACAAAUGGCCUCGUGGGGCUGUGAUCCAUCCCUAGCUACUCUACUGAUUCACUUUGUGCCAUUUCUGUUUAUAAAAUCAUGAUGUAUUUUUUUAAAUAUCAAUACGGGGGUCUUAGCAAAACUACUCUCUACUAUAUAUAUGCUUGAAGGUAAAAGUCAUUAACAAAAUCAAAAUUUUUCAGGAGAGCAAAAAAACGGGGAUACGCUCAUUAAAAA